UUUAUGUUUCAGUAGUUGGAAUUCAUCCACAAACAAAUGUUUCUUCUUCAUAUCCCAAUUAAUCACUAAUAUUAAACUCACAUUCCUGAUUAUGUAUCAUCUUCAAUGGAUUCAAAGCAAUCAUCAGAAUUAGUGUUCACAGUAUGGAGACAAAAGCCAGAGCUAAUAGCUCCAGAAAAACCAACUCCACGUGAAACUAAGUUUCUUUCGGAUAUUGAUGAUCAAGAAGGAACUGGCCGGAAACUUAUGGUGGAUUGUACCGGCGAAGGGAAUAUGUUUGUCGACGCGGACGCUGAUGUUACACUUGAAGAAUUUGGAGAUGAACUUCACCCUCCAUUUCCAUGCUUAGACGAGCUUCUUUUUUAUGUUCCUCACUCUGCUGGAGUUCUUAAUUGCACUUUGCUUCUUAUUCAGGUUAAUUAUUUCUCUUUUCUACCUAAUGUUUGGUUAUUUAUUCUGGGAUAAUGUCACGAUCUGGAAUUCUCACCGUUAGAAUCGUAA